CCCAUCUUCUUCUUCUUAUUAUAUAUUCUCCACCUUCUCUAUUAAGAUUUCUCUUAGAAACUCAACCUUUAAUGUACGGAGGUGCAUGGAUGUGGAACCCUAGUAAAGUUGAAAGAUUGGAGGAUGAUGAUGAAUCUUGGGAAGUCAAAGCCUUCGAGCAGGACACUAAAGGGAACAUUUCUGGUACCACUUGGCCUCCAAGAUCUUACACUUGCAAUUUCUGCCGCCGUGAGUUCCGUUCUGCUCAAGCCUUAGGCGGUCACAUGAAUGUCCACCGCCGUGACCGUGCCUCUAAGGCUCAUCAAGGUCCUACGGCUGCAGCUGCUGCUAGAAGCGGUGGCCGCAGCAGAGGCGGUAAGAAAGCGUUUCUCAAUUCUUGUGUUCUGCCGACGGCGACGCUUAUAAUCCAAUCCACGGCGAGUAACAUUGAAGGUUUGUCCCACUUCUACCAAUUGCAAAACCCUAAUAGCAUGUUUGGUCAUUCCAGUGAUACGGUUAAUUUUUAUGGUUCGACUUCGUUUCCUUCGAGCAACCUUGACUUUUCGGUAUUGAAUUCGCCGGUAGAGGUUCCUCCUCGGCUUAUAGAUUACUCGAAAGGAGAUGAGGAGAGCGUUGGCUCGAUGAAAGAGACUAAAAGAACAUCACUGGAUGAGCCUGAUCUUGAACUUCGACUAGGGCACAAGCCACCGUGACAUUUCACUUUCGUGACCCACUACUUGAGGCAUUCACAUUCAUAUCCAUUACGCUGAGGCCCUUUACAUCUAAAUUUAAAUUUGUUGUUAAAUUCUGAAUUCAUUAUAUGUGUAUCACAAUUAAAUUUAUUCUGUUUUCAUCCUUAACUUCCUUGCUUUCACAUAUACAUGCGCCUAAGUUUACCUACA